CGGAUUUACGUCCUACUGUGCUGAUCUUUAUUGGCUGUUUUUUUGUUGGGUUGGACCUCACUCUUUUUAGCAGUUCGAUAUAGUUAAUGUAAUUGGAUGAGUCUCCUUCCCAGAUAAUCAGCGUUACUUGUGGCAAUGGCUGUGCUUGCACCCCUUCUCGCGUUUUUAUAUGCAGUUCCUGGGCUUUUGCGCUGGGUAUCGCAGCCCUAUUACCUUCUUUCUGCGUUAUUGUCUGUAUCUUUUCUUCUGGUUAGAAAGGUACCCCCGGUGUGUAGCGUCUUACCAACACAGCGUGAGGACGGAAAUCCAUGCGACUUUGAUUGGAGGGAAGUGGAGAUCCUGAUGUUCCUCAGCGCCAUCGUCAUGAUGAAGAACAGACGCAGCAUUACUGUGGAGCAGCACAUUGGAAAUAUAUUCAUGUUUAGUAAAGUUGCCAAUACAAUCUUAUUCUUCCGCCUGGACCUGCGUAUGGGACUUUUGUAUAUCACACUCUGCAUAGUUUUCCUCAUGACAUGUAAACCACCCCUUUAUCUAGGUCCAGAACACAUCAAGUAUUUUAGUGACAAAACAUUAGAGGAGGAGUUGCAAUCUGAUGGUCGUGUGUCAUGGAUCAUAGAAUUCUUUGCAAAUUGGUCAUCAGAAUGUCAGUCAUUUGCACCAAUAUAUGCUGAGCUGUCUUUGAAGUAUAAUUGUGCAGGGUUAAAAUUUGGAAAAGUUGAUAUAGGGAGAUAUCCUGAAGUCAGCUCUAGGUACAGCAUUAGUCCAUCUCCACUGUCCAAGCAGCUACCUACCCUUAUUUUGUUUCAAGGCGGGAGAGAAAUUUUCAGGAGACCUCAAGUGGAUAAGAAAGGGCGGGCUGUGUCUUGGAGCUUCACACAGUUCAUCACAUACAAAGAAGACUGCAAAAGUGCAGUCCAAUCCUGGCAUAAAGUCAACCUUUUCUGUGCUACCAAUUUUAGAAAUCAAAAUCAUGGCAUUUAGAAUCUAUGUGUACCUGAUCAUAAAUACCACAAUCUGCAGUGCUUCUGGGUCUAAAAGUUCUUUGUUUGAUUUUAAAGACGGUAACUUAUCUCUGUUCAGUUUAAAUCCAUUGAUCAUAGCCAGAAUUAGCUCCAAGAAGGAAUGGUACUAGGAGCCAGUGGCAAUAGACAUGUUUUGUUGACAUAUUUUGGGUUUUCCUUCUAUCUCUAGCCCCCAGAAUCACCUUGUCACUGUUGCAGUGCGCAACUAUGAGCCUGUGACAGUCUGUGGUGCGCUAUUGGUCCUUUGUUGAUGUAGUCUUCCUGGGGGGCAGAAAGGAUUACAAAUUAAUGCACGCUUUUUGCCCAUCCUUACCAAAUGCAAAAGUUUUUUUUUUUCCCUCAGUGUGACUAGGGCAUUGGGUAGUUCUUUUUACAUGUGAAAAUAUAUACGUGUAUAGAUCUUACGUGGCAAUUCACAUAUAAACAGUAAGUUAAAUUAAGAAGUUAAAUUAAGUCAACUUUUUUUAAUGAACCUUUCUAACUGCUAGAUGAUUCAGAGAAAGGCAAAAAACUCUUCUGAAACCAAGUAAAAUUCUUUCCUGACUACAGAAUAAUUUUACCAGUACCAUAACUUGUUCCUAGUUAAAGGUGCUUAAAUUAAUUUUUUUGUUUGUUUCUUUUACAGAAACUAUUCACAGGAUUUAGUCCAACACACCAACCUAUAUACUGUGCAGUUUUUUUUUGCCAACAUCCAUUAGCAAAAUAUCAAUUAGCUCAAGCAUGGAAUUUAUCCAGUAUAAAAAAAUCUUAGUAGUUUGGUGUCCUAAGAGGCUAUACUUGUUAUCCUGUUGAGAAACCACCAUAAUAUGCAUCAAUUAUGUGUUUGUCCAUAAACAUUGCCAUAGUUUACUGCUGGUUCUUUAGUUCUUUUUAAACGUACAAAUGUUGUUGAUUUUUAUAAUAAACACAACUGUAUAGUGUUGUUCAUUUUAUAGUCUAUAGUCCUGGGGUGGGAUUUUGAGGUUUUAAGUGUACAGUGCCAUGAU